UCGAAUUCUUUUCUUGAUGAAAUAAAUGAAGACAAUGACAGAAGGAAUCAAUGCAUUAAGAAAGUUUUCAACUUGUGAAAUAGCGGAUGCAAUGAUAAGAUUAGGAUUUGAGCCUUGGGGAGGAUAUUUAAGUGAUAUUGAGUUAUGGUCUCCAACUUAUUGUGAAGGUGAAACACGUAUUGUUGGACCUGCUUAUACAGUCAAGAUGGUAAAGAAGACAGAUACAAUAUCACCUAUUCCAAAAGAUCACUUUGUGGAUUCGGCUUAUAAGGGAUCUGUUAUUGUCAUCUCAGCACCCUCAGAUGUUAAAAAUGCUGUUUGGGGCGGACUUAUGUCAACAAGAGCUAAAGUGAUAGGUUGUGAAGGAGUUGUUAUCGAUGGUCGAGUAAGAGAUUUGAACGAACAUAGAGAUAUGAAAUUUCCGGUAUUUGCUAAAUCACAUUCAAUUCUCCCCCAGAAUGCCUUCGUACGACCAUCAGAAAUACAAGUUCCUAUUCAAAUAUCAACUACCAUUGUACAUCCAGGUGACAUCAUUGUAGGUGAUUUAGAUGGUGUUGUAUGUAUUCCUAAAGAAAGCAUCGAACAAGUCGUUUCAAAUUGUGAAAAGCAUGUCAAGAUUGAUAAACAAUGUAUGAAAGCCAUUCAAGAAGGCGAUAAAGUAAAAGAGACAUUUAAAAAGUAUAGAGGAAAUUAAAAGUUUAUUACAAAAAGGUAUGAAUAAUAACAAAUGGAGGAUAUAUUAUACAUUUAUACAAGAAUAAAUACACAUGUAUGUAUAUUAUAUGUACAUACACAUUACACAUACACAUGGAGAUAAAGCAGUCAUUAUUAUGUACUAGAAGAGAACCAGGAGGUCUUUUCUUUUUUUUUUUUUUUUUUGCUUUUGCUUUUGUUUUUGCUUUUGUUUUUGUUUCUUUUUU